UCGUGACAGAUGCUCAGUUCUCUGCAAACUUCCAUGAGGCCCCUCGGGUUGUUUACAUUCUCUUGCAGAAAUAUUCUCUCUGCGAAUGUACUGUCGCGUUCUAGUCCGAAUGUAACACGUCAAUUCCGAAGGCAGUUCGUUGCUCAUGGACGUCCCAGCAGCGUUCACCACAGAAUUGCAGGGAUCCCAUCUACUGGCGCGUUCGCGUCACCCCCCAGCUCUGUACUGGCUAGACUAAGGCCGCAUAGUAUUCGGCAGUAUCACAUCCGACUACGGUCUCGCGGACGCUUCGAUUGGCUCGACAAUAUCCCAGGGAACUACAUUUUCUACGGCAUCAUGGGCAUAAACGGUCUCGUCUUCCUCGCUUGGAUGUCGGAGAGUGGUCAAGCACGAGCCGCAGCUGCAAGGAGACAACCUUUUUAUUCGUGGAUGAAGGAUAACUUUACGAGUAGCUGGCAAAAUACUUUCGCCCGACCUUGGACCCUCGUCACUGCCAUGUUCUCUCAUGAAGGCGUUGGCCAUCUGUUUUUCAAUACUUUCACAUUCUUCUUCUUCGCUCCAACGAUGCUUGAGAUGUUAGGCAACAAACGGUUUAUUGGGCUAUACUUGGUGUCAGGAGUCAUUGCCAAUGCUUGCCAUGUCGCCUGGACCAAUAUCGUCGACAAUCGCGACACUCCUUGUAUGGGUGCAAGUGGCGCUGUGUAUUCAUUGGUAUCACUUCUUGCAUGCGUCAAUCCUAGAAUGACUUUCUCACUCUACGGAAUCAUACCUAUUCCUGCUUGGGCCCUUGUGCCAGCAAUAUUCCUUUGGGAGACCUAUUCAUCUGUAACCUACAAACAAGACUCCCAGGCCCACGCAGGCCACGUCGCCGGUAUGCUAUCGGGUGUAGGAUAUUUCCUAGCCAAAAGAUACCGUAUAUUCUAAAGAGGGAACUACGCCACUGUAUUUAUCACUCGUAGGAAUGCAUUAGUCGUAUUACUAUGUAGUAGUGUCAAGUUGGCGCUGAAUUUGUGUGUGUUUACGCGACAGA